GGCGAGCGUUGAGGAUUUAAUUUCAUUCAAGAGGGCAAUUCUCCAGGGUAAAACUCUCAAUCGACCCAAAAGAACACGGAUACGGGAGUGGAUAACCCGAAAUAUCCGAGUUGUAAACACUCACCUAUUCGGAGUAUCUUUUCAGAAGCUGAUCUGGCUUUCUGUGUUCAACGUUGCGGCUUGUUUACGGACAAGCUUCGUUCCGCUGAUUCUCCCGAGUCCAGAGUCAACUUCUCCGUAUCCCGUACACAGUAUAACCUCCCAAAUCUGAAGCCCUGUCGAUCAAUGGUCUCUCCGCAGGGGAAGUGCCUCAUUCUGUCUUGGAAAGACACUUGAAACCACCAACCUUCAUUGGGACCUUACGAUAAGCGGAAAAAUUGCGGCGGUGGAACCCCCGCAAACCAGGAUUAUAUAUGGAUGACUGGGGGAUCAUCGGUGCGACUUCCUGUCGAGUACAAGUGGCCUCUCCACUCGUCUGCGACGUUGUGCUCUGCUGCAACUGUCCAUGCACACACCCCGGGCGUGAGGGUCAACCGCCCCGCCUCAUUCCCCCGUCGAUGAUGGAAUGACGAAAUUGCCGAAAGAGGGGUUGCAACUGGCAUCUUGCUCUAGUCCAAGGCCCAAGUCCUCGAGGUCCAAUGCUCGAGAGUGACGUGCAGAAUCAUGAUGCGAGUACGGCAGUCACGGAGUACACGGCACUCACGCCGCAGCCAUUGUGAUUCGCUUGUCGAUCGUCGCUCGACAAUUGUAUAUGAAGGCCCCGGCCGAUCCCUUGCAGAAUGUGAAAUGCAAGCCCGCUGAAGCUGAAAGCUACUUGAAACUAAUAGCUUCUCGGAAAGCAAAGGUCGCGUCUCUUCUUAUUAUCGUCGCCUUUGCUCGCCAUGAAGCCUUUCACUUCUUGGAUUGUAGCUGCUUUGGCUGCGCACGCUGCAGGUGCUGCUCUGAGCCACAAGUUAGAUGGUUUUACUAUCCGGGAGCAUGCGGAUCCUGCGAAACGAGCUCUUCUGCAGGAAUAUGUUACUUGGGACGAGCACUCGAUCUUCAUCAAUGGCGAGCGAUUGAUGAUUUUCAGCGGUGAAGUUCACCCGUACCGUCUACCCGUGGCCUCCCUAUACAUUGAUAUCUUUGAGAAGGUGAAGGCGCUUGGAUUCAAUUGCGUGUCAUUCUACAUCGAUUGGGCUUUGUUGGAAGGCAACCCCGGCCACUAUUCCGCCGAGGGAAUCUUUGACCUUCAGCCUUUCUUCGACGCCGCCAAGGAGGCCGGUAUCUACUUGCUGGCUCGUCCUGGUCCUUAUAUCAAUGCGGAGGUCUCUGGUGGCGGCUUCCCGGGCUGGUUGCAGCGAGUCAAUGGCAUCCUGCGGACUAGCGAUGAGGACUAUCUGAAGUCGACCGAUAACUAUGCCUCCAACAUUGCUGCCACCAUUGCCAAAGCACAGAUUACCAAUGGUGGUCCGGUCAUUCUUUACCAGCCUGAGAACGAGUACUCCGGUGCUUGCUGUGGUUAUGAUGACUUCCCAGACGGCUCCUACAUGCAGUAUAUUGAGGAUCAUGCCCGUGAGGCUGGUAUCGUCGUCCCUUUCAUUAGCAAUGAUGCUUGGGCCGCCGGCCACAACGCUCCUGGAACUGGCAAGGGCGCGGUCGACAUUUACGGCCACGACAGCUAUCCUCUAGGCUUCGAUUGCGCCAAUCCUUCUACCUGGCCCAGUGGUGAUCUUCCAACUUACUUCCACACCAGCCACGAAGAGCAGAGCCCGACUACUCCGUACUCUUUGGUCGAGUUCCAAGGCGGGGCGUUCGACCCAUGGGGUGGAGUUGGGUUCGCAAAGUGUGCUGCUCUUCUGAACCAUGAGUUCGAGAGAGUGUUCUAUAAGAACGACUUUAGCUUUGGUGUCGCCUUCCUGAACCUGUACAUGAUUUUUGGCGGUACCAACUGGGGUAAUUUGGGUCACCCUGGAGGCUACACCUCUUAUGACUAUGGUUCCGCUAUCUCCGAGUCGCGAAACAUCACUCGCGAAAAGUACAGCGAGCUGAAACUGCUCGGAAACUUUGCCAAGGUGUCUCCAGCUUAUCUUGUGGCUAACCCUGGAAACCUAACCACCUCCACGUAUACCAACACUGCCGAUCUGACUGUGACUCCUUUGCUCGGAAGCAACAGCUCAGCUUCUUCGUUCUUUGUGAUCCGUCACUCCGAUUACUCUAGCCAGGCUUCGGUUCAUUACAAGCUCACCGUUCCCACCAGCUCUGGUACCCUGACUAUUCCUCAACUCGGUGGCAGCCUUACUCUUAGCGCUCGUGACUCUAAGAUCCACGUUACCGAUUAUGACGUGGCCGGCACUAACAUCCUCUACUCCACUGCUGAGGUCUUCACCUGGAAGAAGUUCAAUAAUGAGAAGGUUCUUGUUCUGUACGGUGGCCCUGGCGAGCACCAUGAGUUCGCAGUUUCUGGUGGAUCAACCAGCUCCGUUAUCGAGGGAUCAUCCUCGGGUAUCUCGUCCAAGAAGGUCGGCAAGGCACUCGUUGUCGCUUGGGAUGUCUCGACUACUCGUCGCAUCGUCCAAGUUGGAAACUUGAAGGUCUUCCUCCUUGACCGCAACUCUGCCUAUAACUACUGGGUUCCCCAGCUCCCCACCAAGGGCACAGCCCCCGGGUAUAGCAACCAGGAGACUACUGCCUCUUCUAUCAUUGUCAAGGCUGGCUAUCUCGUGCGCAGCGCGUACCUUGACGGCAAUGACCUGCACAUCCGGGCCGACUUUAACGCUACUACUCCCAUCGAGGUGGUUGGUGCUCCGUCUGGUGCUAAGAAUUUGGUCAUCAAUGGCAAGAAGACCCAGGCCAAGGUUGACAAGAACGGUAUUUGGUCAACGAGCGUUACGUACGACGCACCCAAGGUCCAACUUCCCAGCCUCAAGAGCUUGAAGUGGAAGUCCAUCGAUACUCUCCCCGAAGUCCAGAACUCCUACGAUGACUCUGCCUGGGUUUCUGCCGAUCACGCAUACACCAACAACAGCGCCCACUCGCUUGAGACACCGACUUCCCUGUUCUCGUCUGACUACGGCUUCCACACCGGUGCUCUCCUCUUCCGAGGCCACUUUACCUCCAAUGGCAAGGAAAAGACCUUCUUCAUCCAGACCCAGGGAGGUACCGCAUACGGCCACUCGAUCUGGAUCAACGAGACCUACGUUGGCUCCUGGGCCGGAAUCAGCGUUGAUGACAACUAUAAUGCCACAUACACCCUUCCCACUCUGCAGUCCGGAAAGAACUAUGUCCUUACGGUAGUCAUUGACAACAUGGGUCUGGACGAGGACUGGACCAUCGGUUCGGAGGACAUGAAAAAUCCCCGCGGAAUCAUCCAAUACUCCCUGUCCGGUCAAGAAGCUAGUGCUAUCUCCUGGAAAUUGACCGGUAACCUGGGCGGCGAGACCUACCGCGACACCACCCGCGGUCCUCUGAACGAGGGCGGCCUCUACGCCGAGCGCCAGGGCUUCCACCAACCGCAGCCACCAACCCAAAAGUGGGACUCUAGCAGCCCAUUCACCGGUCUUACCAAGCCAGGAAUCCGCUUCUACAGUGCCAGCUUUGAUCUCGACUUGCCUUCCGGCUACGAUAUCCCACUGUACUUCAACUUUGGUAAUAGCACCUCCACCCCGGCUGCGUACCGCGUGCAGUUGUACGUAAACGGAUACCAGUACGGAAAGUAUGUGAACAACAUCGGUCCUCAGACUAGCUUCCCUGUCCCCGAGGGUAUCUUAAACUACCAUGGUACCAAUUGGGUUGCGUUGAGUCUCUGGGCUCAGCAGGACUCCGGUGCCAAGUUGGAUAGCUUCGAAUUGAUCAACACAACUCCCGUACUCACCUCGUUGGGCAAGGUUAAGUCUGUGGAUCAACCGAAGUAUCAGGCUCGGCAGGGGGCCUAUUAGGCCUGUGUGAUUUAUGAGUGAUGAUUGCAGCAGGACUUUUUGGAGAAAAUGACAUUCAGAGUAGAUAGGAAAGCAUUACGUGCAGAUACUUUGUCAAUCUCACAGCUUUAUUUGCUGCCGGUG